AGCCCGGCUUCUAAUCCCGUGAUGUCACAAACUCCGUCCCAACAAUCUGGACAGCAGCCCUCAACCACCGUCUAUCUCAACCCAAUGACCACAGUCACGGCUGCCGCUGCUAUGCAGCAGUAUCCGAACGCGGCCAACAUGACUCGUCCGACAACUGGGGUUCCGGUCCCGAUGGGUAACUUGGCUGCGGCGGUUGAAGGCACUCGGGAACUGAUAUUAACCGGUCCCGAAGGAUGUAAUUUAUUCAUAUAUCACCUACCUCAAGAAUUCGGCGAUCAGGAACUGGCGCAGAUGUUCAUGCCGUUUGGAACAGUGAUCAGUGCUAAGGUGUAUGUCGAUAGGGCAACAAACCAAAGCAAGUGUUUCGGCUUUGUCAGUUUCGACAAUCAAACAAGUGCACAGAAUGCGAUUCAAGCAAUGAACGGUUUCCAGAUAGGACUGAAACGCCUGAAGGUGCAGUCGAAACGACCAAAAGAUAAUCGUAAACCCUACUGA